AUGGAAAGCAGCAAACGGUACAAUCCAUAUGUGAAAGUCCUUCCAGAGGAGGAAAUUGUGAUCUCUGGUAUUUCAGGACGGUUUCCCAAUUCCGAUAAUAUGAAACAACUAGAAGAAAAUCUUUUGAAUAAAAUGGACCUAGGUUCCGAUGAUAGUCGACGAUGGAGUAAUGCGCACGCCAAUAAUCCUAUGUGCAGGAUGUUGCUUGAACACAUCUACGAAGCGAUUAUUGAUGCCGGUGCAGCUGGAUACCCAAUUGUUGGAUGUAGUCGAUACUUGUUAGCCAACAGCAUUUCUAACUGGUUUGGCCUUGAUGGACCAUCUUAUGUCUUGGAUACGGCUUGCAGUUCAAGCCACUACGCCAUGGCGGAAGCUUAUAGAAUGAUACGAAGUGGAGAAUGCGAUGCGGCUAUCGUGGGGGGCGCCAACAUAUGUCUGCAUCCCAACAUUUCGCUUCAAUUUUUUCAACUCGGCGUUCUCUCCAAUGAUGGUUAUUGCCAGCCAUUUGAUGCUUCUGGUAUUGGUUAUAUGCGCAGUGAAGCUAUUGCGAUAUUGUACAUUCAAAAGGCAAAGGAUAUGAGACGAAUCUAUGUUACCUACGUCUACAAUAAACUAACUCUAAUGGCCUUCUUCGAUUGGACAUCUUCGUAA